UCACCAGUAGCAGCAGCAUCAUCACCAGUUUCGCCUUAGCAACGAGAGGGCUGACCCGAGGGGAUUGACAGGGAGCGUCCUCCAAUGGCGUUCGUUCAGUCGGCCAGUUGACGCACGCACGGACCAAUAGGAAUCGCCGUACUGUUCCUGGAUCUCGGGGUGAGAGUUGACUGGAACAUGUGGUAAGACAUGGCUGCGCCCUGCUGGCGUUGAGGACCGUGACUGUUGAACACGGGAUGGAAUAGUUCAGCGCUUAUUUGAAAGCUCUUUCGUGGGUCAACAUGACAGACACCGGGAUGUUUGUGAAAGACACAGGCCGAGGCCAGACAAUAUCCAGGGCGAUGAUUAUUAAAAUGCUGAAUAAGAAGUUUGAAAAACUCCCCGAUAUCGACAAAAAACUCUUUUCAUAUGGGCCCAUAUAUUUGGCAGGCAACGCUGGGUUUGCUGGCUUAAUUGCCAACAGCUUUUUCAGACGUGUACUCAAUGUCACCCAAGGACGAUUUACUUCCAGCCUUCCCAUGGCUGUUCUGCCCUUUCUGACAACUGCAGCACUUUACACUGCGACCGUAACAAACCCUUUAAUGUCAGGUGACCUGAACUGCCCAACCUGUACCCUGAUAAGAGGGGCUGUGGUUGGUGUAGUUGGUGGUGGCAUAUAUCCCAUUCUGUUGGCCUUACCUGUCAAUGCUGGUCUUGCAGCCAGGUAUAACAGUGCACCAAUGCCAGAAAAGGGGAAUAUGAUACGCUUCUGGACAAAUGUCAGCAAACCUAUUGUACAUAAGAUGUAUGUUGUUUUGCUGCUGCAGGGUUUGUUUGGAACCUUCUUGAGCUCUAAACAGUUCGAUAUCUAUCUAAAAAUGCUGAAAAUACCCGAUUCUGACAGCGAAGAGCUUCAUGGUUAGCAGUUAUUGUCAUUUAUAUUGAUGAUAUUGUAAAUCUUUGUUAAAAUAAGUGAAACACGCUUGCCCAGUGGCAUAACCAAUCUUGUCAGAUUUGUUCUUGGUUUUGAUGUCUGAUCAAUAUAUUCUAUUCACUAAACCUUUGUACUCUCUGCCCAAAAGUUGAAAAUGGAGAAUCACCUAAAAUUUAGAUACUUAAAAGAAUAUAAUGUCAA